AUGACGUCACACUCGCACAUGGAAAUGUCACAGCUGCCAUCUUGGAAUUUCAUAGCUUCAUCGGUAUUUACUUACCUUAAAAGCAAUCCAAAAAUUCUUGAUAAAAUAAUUUUGAGUUUAAGUACCCAAAAAAUUCAAUAUCUGUUACAUAUUCAAGAGAUACGAUGGAACAGCGAGAAAUCUUCGCGCAGUGUACAGGGCAGUAGAUAUGAUAUCCAGAAGCGUCAACAACUUGCAUCUAUCAAAAUACAGAGCCAAUAUUUUUCAAGAGAAAGCAGACACUCGGGUCAUAAAAAGCUGCUUUUUGAUGCUUCUGACGUUUUGGCAAACACGUUCCUAGUCGAUUGGUUUUCGUUGUACCUUCCAUGCAACAACAACAUGAAUCUGUAUGAAUAUAACGCCGACGGUAGCCAGACGUUCUCCGGUCCUGUUGACAAGGGAAGCACCGUGUCUGCCGAAGCAGCUUUCCUCUGUGAAACGUUAAUGGUAAGAAACCUACCGAAAGAUGGCAGGUAUCCAAAGGGUGUGGGACAUCCAGAGAGAGCUGUCCACAAUGUUCUUUCAAUUCCCGUAGUCUUACCUUCAGGUGAAAUGCUUUGUGUAAUAGAACUUUGCAGGAAUAGAUUAAAGAAACCAUUUACUAAACAUGACAUUGUAAUUGCCAACUGGUUUCUUGGAUGGAUGAGUUGUUCUUUGCAUCAAGCAUCUAAAAACAAAGUACUUGACAUCCAUUCAAAACUUAACGAUUUACUCUUGGGGUGUACUAACGAAGAACAGUCCAACACCCACGGUAAGGUGUCCAUUGACCACCUUGUUGAAAAAAUCUUACUAUUCGGCAAAACACUGGUGCAUGCUGACAGGUGUGCGAUGUUUUUGGUCAAUGAGGACCACGAUCAGUUGUAUGCAGAUCAUUUUUACGAAUAUUUCCCCGAGGGAGGCAAACGCGUGUUUCACUCUGCAAAACGAGUUCGCUUUUCGCACAAACGUGGAAUUGCCGGUCACGUGUACACUAAUGGCAAAACUGUCAACAUUUCCAACGUUUAUGAUGAUGACCGUUUUGACCCAGAAGUUGACGAAAUAACCGGUUAUCACAUGAAGAAUAUGAUUUGCACGCCAAUCAUUAACAGACGUGACGUAGUGGGAAUAAUUGCAAUCAUCAACAGUCUUGAAAAAGAUCAUUUUACAAACGCAGACAUAAACACUUUAAAGCAUUAUGUACGUUAUUGUGCAGUGGUCUUACAUAAUUCCAGGAUACAAAACGAGCUUCGUGUAUCUAAAAAACAGUGCAACGUGACUUUGAAAAUAUUUCAGUAUCAUAUUGUCAUGUCGGGAGGUGAACCUACUGUAGCGAAUAUAAAGAAGCUACCUAAUAAGAUUCCACGUUCAAUUUUUGACUAUGACUUCAAACCAUAUCUAUAUGAAAGGCAGUUACCACAGUUAUUCUGUUUUAUGGUGAUUGAUAUAUUUGGAACAGAAACCUUUGAAGUUGCUAAGAUUAGCAGGUUUGUUCACACUGUCAUGCAAAACUACAAACCAUUGGCCUAUCAUAAUUGGAUGCACGGGUUCCAGGUGGCGCAUGCUAUAUACUGUAUGAUCAAAACAAAUGGAGAUAUUUUCACAACACAAGAAGCAAUGGCUCUGCUUAUUGCUGGAGUUUGUCACGACAUAGACCACCGUGCCUAUGGCAGUGUGUUCAGUGAAGACCCCGAUCUAACCCUGGCGGACCUGUACGGGACAUCGGUGAUGACGGAGUAUAGCUAUGACUUUACUGUCACAAUUCUGCAGUUAGAAGGUCAUGAUAUAUUUUCAUUUCUUCCUCCAUACGAGUACAGGGAUAUGUUACUGAUGAUUAGCGAAGCGAUUACUGCCUCAGAUUUGUCUCAUUACUAUAACAACCAAACACGGAUAUUGCAAAUGAUGAAAAACAGAACGUUUGACAUCAAUAAUGACCAGUGUAGGAGAGUGCUCAAGGCGCUAAUGAUGACGGCAGCCGACCUGUCUUCAGCUGCUAUGCAGUGGGAUACACAGGAAGAUUUGGUGACUCGCAUUUGUGAUGAAUUUUCCAUGUACAAACAAACAAAAAGGAGAUAUUCUUUGAAAGCUAUAGACCUGAAUUACGAAGAUAAAAGUCCUCAAGAACAAGUUGAUUUUCUCCUGCUCAUAUGUAAGCCGCUGUACACUACAGUGGUAAAUAUUCUUCCGGGCACUAAACCUUUAUUGGAAGGCACUAUGUCAAAUUUGGCAAAUUGGCAGAAAGUUGCGGACGAGAAGGAGAGGCAGAGAAUGUUGGAUGAAAGCAUUGUUUUCUUUGACUGA